GGUGUCGACAAAUACUCGUUUCGACGCAGUCGCACUGUCGCAGUGUAUAGUCUGAUAGUAGUUUGUUAGAAGUGGUGGUGUGUUUAAAAAAAAAAAAAAAACAGUAUUCUAAAAGCAUGGAUUUUCCACUGAAAUCGUCGAAAUGCGAUUGAAAAUGGUAUCGACGCGCGUUCAGUACUGAGAGUGUGCGUUUUUGGUUUUUGUCAGGUCCGCGGGCUUUGAAAACCGUACCGUGUGCGCGGUAGCGUGAGUGUUUCCUUUGUGGACUUCGUACACCGACUACAUCGUGUACGGCAUCAUGUCCUCUCUGAAACAAGUAAUGCAAGUGAUCGGUUCGCACCAUAUUUCCAAUCAGUUACUGGAUUCCGAUUGCGACAAGUCCGGCGGUCUAAUUUCCAACGGCGAGUAUGCGUGGUUUGCUGCCGGGGCAAACAUCAUACUUUAUUCGAAGCAGCUUGGGUCUAUUGUUUCGUCUCGGUCGUUUGCCGCAAAUCAAAAGGACAAGUCGUUGACGAUUACCUUUGUUCAAGAAUUACAAAAGAGCGAAGAAAGAACCAACUUACUUUUGGUCGCAUGUUCUUUUAAAUCUUAUGGGAUAUUAUUUAUAUGUCAAUUGCCAACAUUAACUACAAUUCGUUGUAUUCAUAUACCAAAUCCAAUAUCCUACAUUUCUACUAUAAAAAAUGAAACUCUCGCCCAAGAUCAACUUUGUGAUGAAUUUAAAGUGAUGUCUACUGUGUUGUUAGUUGGUAUGGCAACUGGAGCAGUUUUUGCAGUUGAUUUAAGACAGCGUCACAUUGAAAACCAAUUAAGAAGAAAUGAAAUUGUUGUAAAUGAAUUAAGGCCUAGUAAAUUAUUCAUUAUAAGAAAAAAUGAGGAUUGCCAAGAAGUCAAAGAAAUGAGUGAUGACAGUGAUUGUCAUUUAGCAAUGUUUUUAAAUGAAAAUUUCUGUAUCUAUUGUAAAAAACAAUACAGUGGUAAAUUAAACUUUAACAUAUCAAGUUUGUUAUAUAAUGAAGAAAUCAAUACGGUUGCCAUUGGAUAUUCUACAGGUCACUUUCAACUAUGGGACUGUAAAAUGAUGCGGACAAUAUAUUUAUUAAAAGAGCCUAAAUGUGUUAUGCCAGUAACCCAUAUUACAUUUCUUGAACCAUCUGAUGAUCCAAAUAAUCUAUGUUAUCUUUGGGUUAUUCAAUCAGAUAAUUCUAGACUUCCAAAUGCUAUGAUGAUUGCUUUAACAUAUGAACAGAGAACUAUGAUGUCAAAUGGCCGUUUGUCAUAUAGAGUGUUCAAAGGAAAUGGUAUAAAAUUAGAAAUGUCAUUACGAAGAGAAACUGGAAUUGGUCGAUGUAUAUCUGCAGCUAGUUUAUGUAAUGUGAACUUGUUCAGAAAUGAAACUGAUAUGGAUGAAGAUUGUGAAAUAAGAUUAUUUGCAAUGUUAAUGGAAAUUCGUCAAAAUGUAGAUGCCAGCCCUGAAUCUUACAUUUUUUUGUUUGAUAUUAACCAGUGGUAUAAAGCCCAGAUGCCAUCAAAUAUAAACCAUCUUAAAGUAUCAAAUUCUUAUGCUAGUUUUGUGAAAUUGCCUCAUAAUGGCAGUUAUUUGGAUUUAAAUAUUUCUGACCAAACAUUACGCCCAUUCGGUUAUAAUUUUAGAAAUAAUGUUGAAGAACUCUAUUAUCCAUCCUCAAUAUAUUUUGAAUGUGAUUGUUUACUGGACACUGAAAUUAUAAGAUUUAAACAUGCUGGCGUUCAACAAGAAAUUUUGGAUCAAUUGCUUUUAAAAAAUUGGAGGUUGUUAAUAAAUCCUAGUUUAAUAUUUAGCCAAUGUUUACAAACAAAUUUAAGACCAUUUUUUUGGGAUAAAACAGAUGAUUACGUUAACUAUAGUUUGCCCGAUAAAAGAAGUUUUGUUAUAUCAAUUAUAGUGGAAAAUAAAAUUAUGUCAGUUCUUAGUGCAUGUGCUGAAGAAUGGAAAAAUGGAACAUAUGUGUCUAGCGAAGCAACAAUUUUACAUUUAGUUCAAUGUCUUUGGAAGCAUGUCAUGGUUGUUAAACAAUAUGCAGAUAAAUUAUGUGUUCCUUUAUUUGACUAUUCUGGUACACAGCUGGGUAGAAAAAAUGAAAGGAUAUUAAAUCAUUGCUUAUCUCAAAUGUUGUGUGUUAAACAUUUCCUAGAAGAUUUGCAUAAUGCAUAUGGUAUUCAUAUAAUAAAUGUUGAUUAUUCGUAUCGUGUUUAUACACUAAAUUUGGUUACUCAAUAUUUUAAAGCUGUUACAUGUUUUCUUGGCUAUGGACUUUUACCAGAAUCUAUUGAAGAAGACCCUACUCAGAAAUUCAUACAAUGUGAUUUUUCUUCUCUUAUCCAGUAUGCAAUUAAACGUCGAAUGGAAUUUGGAGAUUUGCCAUUAUAUCUUAUUGACGCUUUUGUGACUAAUGAACCUAAAGGGAAUAAAUUAAUCGAACAGUGGCAACAUGAAGGUGGCGAAGCUACUAAAGGAUUAUAUCCACCUUCUAAUGUCCAAUGUCUAUUAAGAAUCUAUUUGAAUGCUGCACUCUCUAAUCAAGUCAAAGAUUUUAUUACAAUUUAUUUUUUGAUUGACGUCUGUUCAUCGCAAGAGGUGAAUGUAACAACCGCAAAUCGUAUGUGUAAUUUUGCCAUUGAAUUUGAUAUAGAAAAUAAAGGGUUGAAUACUCUUUGUCGUGCUAGCUGGUUAUUAGAUCAUGACAUGUUUGAAGAAGCUAUGGAUAUUCUAGCCAGUAAUAAUGAAUGGAUGGUUAAUGAUAAAUCUUGGGAUUGGUAUCACUGGACUGUGUUAAAAUUGCUUGUAUUUAGAAAACAAUAUUUUUGGGCACGGUUUUACUUCCAACUUACUAAAAUUAAUUUAAUCAACAUUGAAGAUCAUAAGUUUUAUAUUAACUUACAAAUAAUGAAUAACCAAUGUUUCGAUACUUUGAUUUAUUUACGAGCAAGACCAUUUAAAGAAAAACAAACUCUGUUUGAAUACUUCUUUGAUCGAUGUAGAGAAACAAAAAAAUUAAAAUGUUUGAUAGAGUAUCUCUGGGAAAUGGAGGAAGCAGAAUUAUUUUUAUCUUAUUUGAAAAAAUUUGAUGAUACUGAAACAUUAACUUUCCAACUGUUAUUUUUGUUACAGCGAGGAAGACAUAGAGAAGCUAUCAAAUUAAAUCAAACAAUGAAAGCUAGUUUAACAUCAAAUAAUAAUGAUGUAUUAAAAAUAACUAGCGUUUUAAUUGAUGGACUUGAAAAAUCUAUUCCUAAUGUUACGAGCCAAAAUUAUGGCCGUCUUACUCCUCAAAGUGUAUAUAAAAAACCAAAUGUUGUUGUAAAAUGUAUGAACAAUGAAAGCAAAAUGUUUAUAAUGGAUAGGAAUAAAACAAGUACUUUGGUUAAAAGAAAGAUUGAUUCUUCUACACCAUCAAAUUCAAUUGAUCUCUUCUUACCAGCAAAUACUAAUACAAGAAAACGGUCACCUGUAGAUGAUAUAGUUUCUAAUGAAAAACGAAGAAAAAUAGAAGAAAAUUCAUUAAAUACUCCAAUCGCUAAUAAUGAAAUUGUGAAACCAAUUGAAAAACAAGUAUUGGAAAUACUCAAUACACCACUAGUUGAAAAGACCCUAGCAUCGCCAUCUAUUUCAAGAUGCUCAUCAAUUUUGAAGACAAAAUUGGCUUUAAACAAUAAACAAAUAAUAUCGUUAGAUAUCGACAAGACGUCAAGAUCUUCAAUAAGAUUCAGUCUACCUUGUAAUGAUGACAUUACAGUUAAAAGAAUUGAUCCUGAAAAUUUGGUAAAUGUACAAGCCACUGAUAAUCCCGAAAAUGAAAGUUUUUAUAGUGUGGGUAGCAAUGAUGCCAAUGAUUUAAGAAAUCAAAUUAGCUCCGAUCAAAUACCAAUUACUUCUCAAGAAUCGCUUAAAGAUGAUUCUAAAAUGAAUAUAAGUGAUGAAUGUGAAAAAAUGGAUAUUUCUGAGGAAAAUUCUUGUUCUGAACAAAGACAAUUUGAAAUAUAUGAUGCGUUGGAGAAUGAUAUUAAAAAUAAAGAAAUGAUUUCAAGUUCAGAAAGUAAAGAAUGUAUUAUAUUGUUGUCAUCUGAUGAAGAAGAUGACAAAGAAACUCCUGUAUCUAUUAAAGAGAAUGACAAAGAAAUUCUUAUAUCUGAUGAAGAGGAUGACAAAGAAAUUCCUGUAUCUGAUGAAGAGGAUGACAAAGAAAUUCCUGUAUCUGAUGAAGAGUAUGACAAAGAAAUGUCUGUAUCUGAUGAAGAGUAUGACCAAGAAAUUCCUAUAUCUGAUGAAGAUGAAGAAGAUGACAAAGAAAUUCCUUUAUCUGAUGAAGAGUAUAACCAAGAUAUUCAUGUAUCUGAUGAAGAGGAUGACAAAGAAAUUUCAAUAUCUGAUGAAGAUGAUGAUAAUGAAACUCCUGUAUCAGCAUCAUUACCACAAAAUAUAAGUUCAUCUGUUAAAGAAGGUAUUAAACUUUCUACUCCAAAGUCUGUUUCAGUAGAUAAGAAGAAAACCUUAAAUCCACAUCGUAUAGUCUGGAAUCAUUCAGUUCUUAAUAGCAAAAGUAAUAUUGAAAAACCAGUAUUAAAAACAAAUAAAGCUAUUGAUGUGAUUUCAUUGGAUUCAGAUUCAGAUGAAAAUGAAGCUAUAUCUAAUAGUUCGUUCAGUGAAAAAUCAUCAGAUUCAUCCAGUGGUAGUAUAAUAUCCGAAGAUAGUGAUAGUGAUUUAGAAAAUACAAGAUAUGGUAGAUUUAAAUCUCAAAAAAGACAAUAUAAUGAAGAUAGUGAUGACGACGAACUUGAUGAAGAAAAUGAAGAAGAAUUUGAAGAAGAAGAAGAAGAAGAGAUAGAUAUUUCAGAACAGGAUUGUGAAGAAGAAGAAUCUGAAAGAGAAGAUGAAAAUGUUUCAGAUUCACAUGCUUCAUUACGUAAAAAAAGUGUUUUGAAAAACACUAGUGUGUACGAUUUAGAUCGACAAACUGUUAAGUUUGAUGAAAAUUAUGAAGAAGAAGAAGAAGAAAAAGAGAUCGAUAUUUCAGAACAGGAUUGUGAAGAAGAAGAAAAAGAAAUAGAUAUUUCAGGACAGGAUUGUGAAGAAGAAGAAAAGGAAAUAGAUAUUUCAGGACAAGAUUGUGAAGAAGAAGAAGAAAAAGAGAUCGAUAUUUCAGAACAGGAUUGUGAAGAAGAAGAAAAAGAAAUAGAUAUUUCAGGACAGGAUUGUGAAGAAGAAGAAAAGGAAAUAGAUAUUUCAGGACAAGAUUGUGAAGAAGAAGAAGAAAAAGAGAUCGAUAUUUCAGAACAGGAUUGUGAAGAAGAAGAAAAAGAGAUAGAUAUUUCUGGACAGGAUUGUGAAGAAGAAGAAAAAGAAAUAGAUAUUUCAGGACAGGAUUGUGAAGAAGAAGAAAAAGAAAUAGAUAUUUUAGAACAGGAUUGCGAAGAAGAAGAAGAAGAAAAAGAAAUAGAUAUUUCAGAACAAGAUUGUGAAGAAGAAGAAGAAGUAGAAUCUGAAAAAGAAGAUGAAAAUAUUUCAGAUCCACAUGAUUCAUUACGUAAAAAAAGUGUUUUGAAAAACACUAGCGUGUACGAUUUAGAUCAACAAACUGUUAAAUUUGAUGAAAAUUAUGAAGAAGAAGAAAAAAAAGAGAUGGAUAUUUCAGAACAGGAUUGUGAAGAAGAAGAAUUCGAAAGAAAAGAUGAAAAUGUUUCAGAUCCACAUGCUUCAUUACGUAAAAACAUUAUUUUGAAAAACACUCGCGUGUACGAUUUAGAUCAACAAACUGUUAAAUUUGAUGAAAAUUAUGAAAAAGAAGAUAAGGAAGAAGACGAAAAAAAUUAUUGUAUGGUAAAUUUUCCCGGAAAUAAAGUUAUUGGAUCUGAAAAUAAUGAUGAUAAUUUUGAGAAUAAUUCAGGUGUUUUGUUUAAUAAUGAAAAUGAAGAUAAUAAUUUAGAUAAUCAAGAAACUCUUGAACAUGUUAUAAACGAUGAAACUUCCGAAAAUCUAGCAAGCAAAUCGUGUAAUGUAAAUGAAGACAAUUUUAAAGAUAACCAUUGUGAUGAUACAUCAUCCAAUAAACACCAUUCUUUUGAAACGUUAAGAAAUGAUUCUAAUCCCAUUCCUGAUGAUGGUUUUAAUCAUCAUACUGUGAUUGAAUCAGAUCAGGUAGAAGUAGAUAUUAAUCAAUCAACUCCAUUUAUGUUUGGGGAAUCAUUUUUUGGCCAACAAGAAAUUCCUGAUAAUAAACCAGUACUUUUAUUUGGUCAUGUAUAUUCUUUUGAAAAUGAUCAGUCAAAUAUAAAUGCACAAUCCAAUAAUCUUGAUACCCAAGAGUUAGUUUUAGUUGACACUAAAGAAGAUAUUAGUAAUAAAGAACUAGAAAUUGAAGCUGAGGGUGAAAUUCAAGAUAUAUUGGAGCUAGAAUCAUUACCAGAAAGUAAUCCAGAUGAAAACAUUGAUAUACAAAAUAAUGCUACUAUUAAUGUACAAUCAGAACUUGAAGAAAAAAAUGAUAAAAUAUUGUGUGACAAUGACCAAAAUAACAUGUUAGAUAAUUCUAGUAUUCAAAAACCUAUUUAUUUUGGAAACAUCGAUUCUACACAAUUAUUUCCAAUCGAAGAUCAAACAAGUGUAAGUGUAGAUUUAUCAAAAAAGUCUCUUGAACUGGAAAAUGAAGAUUCAGUAAAUCAUGAAUCAUGUGAUGUACUUACUAUUAAACAAAGACAUCAAUCCUUAUCAAAUGAAUCAGAAGAACAAAUAAAUAAAACAGAAGGCAUUCUACCAAAUAAUGUCGAAACUUCUAUAAAUACUAUGGAAACUGAUAAAUCAUCCUAUAUCAUUGUGGCUGAAGAAAACACUUGUUCAUUACCCCAAAAAAAUGUUGAAACAACAACUCAAUCAGAGCAAAUAAUCAACAUUCAGAAUGAAGAACUUGAUUCUAAAUGUUCUACAUCAAUUGUGUCUUGUUCAUCGAACAUUGAACAGUUUGAUAAUUUCAAUGACAAUGAUCAACUAGUCAAAUCUAAAGAUAUUACACUUCAACAAGUUGAUACCAAUGUAUUAAUUUCUACAGAAGAAAAAUAUUCAGAUAAUGAAGUACAAAUAUCUGAAAUAUCUGAUCCUGUUUCGUUAGAACCAAAUAAAACGUUAGUGAAACUUUCAACAAAUGAUAAUCCUAUUGAUAUGAGUAUGAGUGAAAAAAUUGAACUACCUUAUGACAAAAGUGUAAUUGAAUUAGUGUCUACUGGCGUAACUGUUACGUCACAAUGCCCUGAUAUUUCUGGUAAUAUUCAAAAUACUGAGAAUGAAAAACUUGAAAAAUUAGAUAAAAGUCAUCAAAAAAACAGUCUGGAUAUUCCACAAGUUGAAAACUAUUUUUUGCGAUCAUCUUCAAGAAGAAGUAUAUCAAUAACUAAAGACUCUACACUGGAUAUUCCUUCCGAAGAAAGACAAAAGUUGACUCCCGGCAAAAUUAAUUUGUUAUCUGAUCCAAUUCAAAAUCAAAUAAUAAGGAAAGCAAAAUCAAUUUCAUCAGAAGAUACUAAAACAAUAACAACAAGAUCAAGAGCUAAAAGUGAACCUAAGCAAGUUGAAUUGGAAACUAUUUCUUCAAAUAUUUUCCGUAGUUCUGAUAUGGUUGAUGAUAAUAGAAGACAAGUAAGGGUGUCAUUAUCAAAAAAGAAAUCUAAAAGUCAAGAAAAUAUUACAUCGAUAAAACGCAGAAGUGGACGAUCAAAAUCUGUAGUUCCUAUCGAAGAAUCAAUAGCUACAAAUAGAAAAACUGUGUUUGGCUUAGAGGAAAUACCUGAAGAAGAUACUUCAAAUGCGGAAAAAAAUAUUUCAAAAACUGAACGUGUUACAUUAAAAAGAAAAUCAAAAUUCAAUUUCUUAACUAAUACAGCAAAAAAAAUAGAACAUGAUAAUUUAAAUGCAAAAUGUCAAGAAAAUACAAAACUAAGAACUCCGAGAAGAUCUAAAUCAGUUGAUCCAGACCCUGUUCUAACAUUUUCUGUUGUUAAAACAAAACCCAAACGAAGUUCAAGUGUAAAUAUAUUAAUUUCAAAUGAAGAAAUUCCUACUCAAAAAGAUGAUUUAAUUGGGGUUUUAAAAAAAGCAUUAAAAUCACCUAAAAAAAUAAGGAAACGCUCAGUUUCAGAGUCUCACGAGAGUAGAAAAAAACAAAAAACCUUAAAUCAAGUUGAGGAAGAAAAAAAAGAAGUUGCUGAAUCUGAAUGUAAUUCAGAUGAGUCUAAUCAAAAUAGUCACAAUUCUAAUUCCUCUAAUUCUUGUGAACAAUUAUCACCAAUAGCUGGAAAUAUUUCUCAGCAUAUGUUAUAUACUCCAGCAAAAAAACGUACUAAAAUACAUAUGGCUAACUUGAAUUCUGAAAAUGAAGAUUCUUCUUCAGAUGAAUCAACAGACUCCAAACGUAUUAUGACUAGAUCAAUGAUUCAGAAUUCUAGCAUAGUAGAAUUAGAUCCUAUUCAACAUACACUUAAGAGUGAAAUCAGACCAUUAGUUAAAUCAAAAGUACCUAUUAACAGACAAAGAAAAUUGUCUGUUGGUACCACUUCCAAAACUAAGAAAUCAGCUGCAUCUCUUUCUGAAAAGAAUGAGGUAUUGCCUAAACGCAAAACCAAAAAUAUAAAGGAAACAAUCGUCCAUGCUCCAAUAGAACCAUCAAUUGAACCACCUACUCCAGAAAGACGUAUGACACGUUUUCAACAAUCCAUAUUAGAAAAAUCAUUACAAUCCACGUCUAUUAUUGGACAAGAUACGACAACUAAUAACAGCCCUGCGUCAAAACCAGAAAAGAAAAAAAAUAUUAAAAAAAAAAAUUUUAAAAAAUCUAAUAAUUAACAUUAAUUUAAAGUUAAGAUCAAUGUUAAUAGGAAUAUAUUUUUAUUUGUUAAUAAUAAUUAAGCCUAUAAAUUACCUAUUGUAUGUUAUUAUACAUAAACAUGUUGAAAUUUAAAAAAUAGAUUUUCAUCUUAGCUUAGCUGGGCCUUGUAAGAUUAAUAAAAAAUGUAAUGUUAAAAAUUAAACAAACUGUAUAAUUUCAAAAUUUGACUUUGAAUUUUAUUAUUAUAUUUGUAUUUAUAUUUGUGUAUAUUUGAUAUUAAAAUAAAUACAUUUUUUUUAGUUCCACAACCUAUAA